GUAUAUCAGUGCUGGCGAUUGCUCCGUUCGCUUUUUGGAAUCUACAUCUACUUGAGCGCAUUCAACGCUGUGUGAUUAGCGACGCUGGACUUUGAGCCAGGCGACGCAGCGGCAGCAUGUCGAAGGUCAUUGAUUACGCAGAGGUACAGAAACACAAGUCCAAAGAGUCAUGUUGGGUGAUACUCUACGGCAAUGUGUGGGACGUGACCGACUUCCUGCCCAACCACCCUGGUGGCGCGAACAUCAUCCUCAAGCUUGCCGGUAAAGAUGCUACCGAAGAGUACGACCCGAUUCACCCUCCCGGUACGCUCGAAGACAACCUGCCGGAGUCCGCGCGCAUUGGACCGAUCAACCCUCAGACACUCCCUGAGCCUGUAAAGGCGGCUAAAGAUGUUGGACCAGAACCAGACAGUCAGAUUGAACUACCACUGGGUGCGCUGCUGAACUUGAAUGAAGUCGAGGCCGCUGGGAAGAAGAAAAUGUCCAAGAAAGGAUGGGCAUACUACUACUCUGCCGCUGACGAUCUGGCCAGCAAGCACUUCAACAAUUCUGUUUAUAGGCAGAUACUGCUGCGGCCCAGGGUCUUCGUCGACUGUCGGGACUGUGACUUAAGCACCACUUUCCUAGGACACAAGCUUGAGAUACCAAUAUUUGUGUCGCCGGCAGCUAUGGCCAGACUCGCCCAUCCGGACGGCGAAUGGGGAAUUGCUCAGGCAUGCAAGAAGUUUGGCACCAUACAGAUGAUCUCGAACAAUGCUUCUAUGACACCAGAACAGAUUGUGAAAGAUGCAGGGCCAGGUCAAGUGUUUGGCUGGCAGCUAUAUGUCCAGACAGAGCGGAAGAAAUCAGAAGAUAUGCUGGGAAGAAUCAACAAGUUGGAUGCCAUCAAGUUUAUCUGCCUAACACUCGACGCGCCCGUACCCGGCAAGCGAGAAGAGGACGAGCGAUCAAAAUAUGUUGUCGAGGACACAAGCCAGGCCAUCAAGGAUGCAGGUGGAGCAGAGCUCAAAGGUGGCGGUGGCAUUGGUCAAUCCUUGUUCUUUGGUACCGACCCAACAUUGACCUGGACUGAGACACUUCCCUGGCUGAAGAAGCAUACAAACAAGCCCAUCAUCCUCAAGGGCUUGCAGUGCCAUGAAGACGCCUAUCUUGCUUCUCAUCACACAGAUCAAGUCAAGGGCAUCAUCCUUUCCAACCAUGGCGGUCGUGCCGCAGACACAGCACCACCUGCCAUCCACACUUUGCUAGAGAUUCGGAAAUACUGCCCCGAAGUCCUCACUAAGCUUGAUGUUGUGGUCGAUGGCGGCAUCAAGAGAGGUACCGACGUGGUAAAGGCGUUGGCACUCGGAGCAAAGGCCGUGGGUAUCGGUCGUGGCGCGCUCUUUGGCUUGGCGGCUGGAGGUAUCGAAGGCGUUGAAAGAGUCCUUGAGAUCCUUCGUGACGAGACGGCAACAGCCGCUCGGUUGUUGGGUGUUCCAAAGAUGAGUGACCUCAGUCCUCUGCAUAUUAACACCAGGGCUGUGGAGCGGGACAUCUAUGAUGGUCCGGCCAAUCUCCCAGGUAUUGAGGGAGCCAUGAAGGGUCUUUGGGUGAAAGCGAAGUUGUGAGAAGGUGCACCUUUGCGAGCCCGUUAUACCCAUACAUCUGGCGCAGCGUUCGUGGUUG